AUAAUAGUAUUGGUUAAAAAUUAAAAUCUUCAAAAUCUUAGGUAAUGAUGACAAAUACAUUGACCUCCAAAGAGUAAACUUUCUACUUCCCGCAUGCUUACAAUAUAAAUCCAGAAGAAUCCUAAGCCCUAAACUUUCUCCCCAAGUAAGCCCCCAUCUUCCAUUAAAAUGCUAGAGUAAAUCUCUGUUACCACUUCGUGUUUCAAAACGCAAAGCCCUAAAACUAAAACCCCUUCAAACCAUGGCAGUUCCCUAAGUGGUUAAAGUGAUUUUCAUUUUGGCACCUUUUGAAAACCCUAUACUUUUGACGUUAUCUCAUUGUUUCUUGAUAAGUGUUUUCUCUGUUUCUUGAGUCAUGGCUCAAGAAGAUAACUUUUUUGCCCUCUUGGGUGAUGAGGAAGGCGAUGACAUGUCCAAACUGAUCGACCGCGUAAAGCAGGAGGAGAUGACGAACACUUCUAAGGUGCAAAAGAAAAAGAAAGAAGAGAAAAAGAUGGCUCAUCAGAUUCCUACUGAUAUGCGGGCCAAGAGACUUGUUCUUCCCAGCCAUGUUAAAAGAUCGUUCAUUGUAUUUGACAAGAAGAAAGAGAGAGAAAAAACAGAGGCUGAAGCCAGAAAGAAGGCCGAGGAUUCGGUGGAGAGCAAUGGAGGGCAGUCCACUACUUUGAACAGUUAUCAUAGAAAAAAUGGAGGAAGUUAUAUAUAUCAGAGAAAUAAUGGAGGGGAUAAUGUCUAUCAGCAAAGCAAUGAUUAUAAUGGUUAUAUUGAGGGCAAUUAUAGAAGGGUUAAUGGCUACCAGCCAAGGAAUAGUGUUCAAUAUAUGGGUAGUUACAAAGGGUCCGGUGGCAAUCAACGGUACUAUCGGAACAAUAAUCGAGUGUCAAAUGGAGACCAGUUGAAUAAUGGUGCUGAUCCCAGUGGCAAUAUAACUGAUGAUGGUUGGCAAUAUGUUGGGCGUGGGCGCCGUAAUAAUAGAGUGGUAACUUACCAAGAACAUUUGACCCAUAAACAAGAUGGGAUUAAGCAUGGAAGUUUUGAGGAGUCUAACAAUUCUGAGAAGGAUUUAGAGAAAUCUGUCAAUGAGGAUAAAAGUGAUGACAUAACUGAAAACAAGGACCUUGUUGAACAACAAGAGGUCGAAACCGAAGUGCAAGGGCAUCUUCCUGUGAGUACUGAAGGACAAGAAGAUGAUCAGUCUGAAAAGAAGUCCUCCGACGGACAGGAUGGUGCUAAAUCUGAAAAGAAGUCCAAGAAGAAAGAAAGUCAAGACAUUUUUGAGAAGAAGGAUGAAAAGGAAGAAGAGAAGAAAAAUUUAAUGACUCUUGAAGAAUACGAAAGGAAGAUGCUUGAAGAUAGAAAGAUUUUAGAAGCUUUUAAAAGGCCUGAGCAGAGGAAAGUUGAAGACAAAGAUUUUGAGUCCAUGCAACUUAUUGGGAAAAAGAAAGAGGACGGCCAGAAAUCUGAAGAAAGGCUUAAGAAGAAAGACAACAUUAAGGAGGAAAAAGUUCUCAAGACAUUAAGCAUCAAUGAAUUCUUAAAAUCAGCCGAAGGUAAGACUCCUUAUAUGCGGCAGAGGUGGAAUGGUGACAGACCUUAUGGCAGGCGUGAUACAGUGAGGUUUAAUAGAAAUGGUAAUGGAGGUAGGCAUGACGGAAGGAGGCCUUAUGGCCAAGGUGAUGGGGAUUAUGGACAUAAUGGCAUGGAUGCUGAGGAGAGUCCUAAUGGAAGAAGGUAUGCUGGUGAUAGGCACAAUAGCAAGCGUUAUGGUGAUGCUGAGAAUGGACCUGGUCUUGCUUCACCCCCUCCUAGCUUUUGCUUUGAGCAUCAUGAAUUUCCUGCUUUAGGAUGAAAUGGAAAAGCCUGAACUACU